AGACAUUUGAGCAACCAUUCAGAAUAUUUGCGAUCGCCAAACUUACAAGUUGGCAGCUGAACAUAGCUCAAUUACGUUAAAAUCAAUAGCACACGCACACAAACAUAUAAGAAAUUAAUUUAAAUUUAUAUAAAAAAUUGUUAAAAUGCAGGACCAACGCUUGAAGGAUUUUCUCAAAGAGUUCAUCAUCAGUGACUCUCAAUUACAUGAAGUGUACAAACGUUUCACAACUGAAAUUCAAAACGGCCUAAGCCUGGCGACACGUAAACAGGCGGAUAUAAAGUGUUACAUGACUUAUAUACAAGAUUUGCCAACUGGUGAUGAGAAGGGUAAUUAUUUGGCGCUAGAUUUGGGUGGCACAAAUUUUCGUGUUUUACACGUUUCACUUAAGGGCCAUCACGAGGCGGAAAUUGAAUCUAAAGUGUUUGUGGUGGAUAAGGAACUUAUGACUGGACACGGUACACAGCUCUUUGAUCACAUAGCAAAUUGUUUGGCUGAAUUUGUAAAAGAAUAUUCGUUAAAUAACCAACAUUUACCGUUGGGUUUUACAUUUUCAUUUCCCUGCGUACAAUUGGGACUGACAAAAGCAUUGUUGGUGCGUUGGACUAAGGGCUUUAAUUGUGCGGGCUCCGUGCAGGAAGAUGUGGGACGUUUGCUGAAAGAAGCCAUAGCUCGACGUGGUGAUUUGGAGAUCAAUGUGAUGGCUAUAUUAAAUGACACUACAGGUACACUAAUGUCUUGCGCACAUCGCAAUCCGGAAUGUCGUAUUGGUGUUAUUGUCGGCACGGGUUGUAAUGCCUGUUAUGUUGAGCGCGUGGAAAAUGCUGAGCUGUUGGAAUCGGAAUACAAAGUUGAUAAGACGCAUAUAAUUGUGAAUACAGAAUGGGGUGCAUUUGGCGAAAGCGGAAAGUUGGAAUUUGUGCGCACAGAUUAUGAUCGUACCAUUGAUAAGGCGUCGCUAAAUGUGGGCAGUCAGCUGUUAGAGAAAAUGAUAUCAGGCAUGUACUUGGGCGAACUAGUGCGUUUGGUGCUGGCCGAUGCUAUAACCCAAAAUUUAAUAUUUUCACGCACAAGUGAUAAGCAAUGUUUAAUUAAUACUUUAAGGGAAAAUGUAUGCUGUUUCGAGGCACGAUUCAUUUCGGAAAUUGAAAACGACAACUUUCCGGAUUUCCAACAAACUCGCACAAUUCUAAAAGAAUUAUUUGCAAUGGAAAAAGCUUCUGUAGAAGAUUGCCAAAAACUCCGAUAUAUUUGCGAGUGCAUUUCUAGGCGUGCAGCUAAUUUGGUUGCUGUGGGCAUAAGCAGUUUAAUAAAUAGAAUAGCAGAACCGCAUGUUGUGGUAGGUGUAGAUGGUUCCGUUUAUCGGCUUCAUCCACAUUUCGAUGCUUAUAUGCGCGAAACAAUGCGGAAAUUGGUGAAUCCGAAAAUAACAUUUGAUUUAAUGCUUUCGGAAGAUGGUUCCGGUCGCGGUGCAGCGUUGGUUGCAGCGGUAGCUAGUAAAAACUAAUAUACGCGAACGAUGUUUAAUUUAACAUUUUAGCUUAAUAAAAAAUUAUAACAACCAUA